GCGCUUUCGGUGUGUUUGAUAAUUCAGUCUACUUCGCUUGAGCUCCUGCAAUCAGAACAAUGACUGCAGACUGGAGGCAGUGUGGGGUUUAGAAUGCACUGCACAUCACAGGCAGUUUUUUACGCCGUGGAGCCGGUUUUAAAAUACUUUUCAAUGCACAAACAGUAAAUAUGUGGAUACCGACAGAACACGAAAAAUACGGCGUCGUGCUGGCGAGUUUUCGGGGGACACUUCAGCAUGGCCUGCCGCUGGAGAUCGGAGACACCGUGCAGAUUCUGGAGAAAUGUGAAGGGUGGUUCAGAGGAUUUGUUCUGAAGAAUCCCAGUGCCAAGGGAAUCUUCCCAUCGAGCUACAUUCACCUGAAAAAUGCACAAAUCAAGAACAAGGGGCAGUUUGAGACGGUCAUCCCCACCGAGGACUCCAUCGUCACGGAGAUGACCUCCACCCUGAGGGACUGGGGCAUGAUGUGGAAGCAGCUCUAUGUGAAGAGUGAGGGAGACCUGUUCCACCGGCUCUGGCACGUGAUGAACGAGGUGCUGGACCUGCGGCGCCAGGUGCUGGUGGGUCACCUGACCAACGACCGCAUGAAGGAGGUCAAGCAGCACAUCACCGCCCGCCUGGACUGGGGAAACGAGCAGCUGGGCCUGGACCUGGUCCCCAGGAAGGACCUGAGCAUGGUGGACCCAGAUGACAUCAGUGUCACGGAGCUCUACAAGCUGAUGGAACACCGCCAUGGAAAGAAGGAGACCCCGUUACCUGUCAGCACUCAUCACCUGUUCCUGCAGAUGAAGAGCCUGAUGAGCUCGAACCUGGGGGAGGAGCUAGAGGUCUACUUCUUCAUCUACGACAGCAGGGAGAACCGCCCACUCAGUGAAAGGUUCUUUGUGCGACUCAAUAAACAAGGAGUGCCCAAAUCUCCAGAGAAAACCGAGAGGCAGUGCACCCUUUUUAUAGACUUGGGGAGCAGUGAUCUCCGAAAAGAUGUAUAUAUUGUAGUCCACAUUGUAAGAAUAGGGCGCAUGGGGGCGGGAGAGAAGAAGAACACGAGCAGCGUUCAGUACAGACGGCCCUUCGGCUGCGCAGUGCUCAGCAUCGCCGACCUCCUCACUGCCGAUUCCAAAGACGACCAUCUGCUGAAGGUCUACUCCUGUAACACAGAGAGCGAAUGGUAUCAGGUGCAUGAGAACAUUAUUCGGAAGAUCAACUCCAGAUACAACCUCUCAGGCUCCAACACUGGCCUUGCUGUCUCUCUGCAGCUCCUGCACGGGGACAUAGACCAGAUUCGGAGGGAGUACAUGGUGCUGUUCACCCGCGGCGUGUCCAUCACGAGGAAACUGGGCUUCUCUGAUGUCAUAAUGCCAGGUGAAAUGCGGAAUGAUCUGUACAUCACCCUGGAAAGAGGAGAGUUUGAGAAGGGUGGGAAGACUGUGGCCAGAAAUGUGGAGGUUGCCGUGUACGUGCUGGACGCUGACGGCCAGAUCCUCAAGAACUAUGUCUCAGCGGGUUCUGGGGAACCGGGGGGCGACCAGUUCCACUCCUUUGUGCUGUACCACAACAACAGCCCGAGGUGGGCGGAGCAAAUCAAGCUGCCCAUCCCCGUGGACACGUUCCGAGGGUCACAUGUUCGCUUCGAGUUCCGCCACUGCUCCACGAAAGAGAGGGGCGAGAAGAAGCUUUUCGGCUUUUCCUUUGCGCCCCUGAUGCAGGAGGACGGGCGCACGCUGCCCGAUGGAACCCACGAGCUCAUCGUGCACAAGUGUGAAGAGAGUGCUGUUCUCCAUGACCCCGCGCGCUACCUCAAGCUUCAGUUCUCCAAAGGGAGUCUCCCAGGAAACAGUCAAGCUGCGCGAAGCGGCAAGGAGUCCUUCUGGGUCACGUCUUUCCUCUGCUCCACCAAGCUGACUCAGAACGGUGACAUGCUGGACCUGCUGAAAUGGAGAGCUCACCCAGAGCGGAUAAACGACAGCCUGACCAAGCUGAAGGAGAUCGACGGCUCCGAGAUCGUCAAGUUUCUGCAGGACACCCUGGACACGCUGUUUGGCAUCCUGGACGAGAAUGCCCAAAGACACGGGCUGAAGGUGUUCGACUGCCUGGUUCACAUUAUAAACCUGCUGCAGGACAGCAAGUUCCAGCAUUUCAAACCCGUCAUGGACACCUACAUCGAGAGCCACUUCUCUGGGGCGCUGUCUUACAGGGAUCUCCUCAAGGUCCUGAAGUGGUACAUGGACCGCAUCGUGGACGCAGAGCAUCAGGGCCACAUCCAGCAAGUGCUCAAGGCCUCGGAGUACAUCUUCAGAUACAUCGUCCAGUCCCGCCGGCUGUUUGCCCGCGCCACGGGCGGCCAGAACCAGGAGGAGUUCCGCUGCUGCGUGCACGAGCUCUUCAUGUCCGUCCGCUUCUUCCUGUCUCAGGAGAGCAAAGGCACCAGCCCCGUGUCUCACACGCAGGCGCUGUUCCUGAGGACGUUCCCGGCGGUGUACGGCGAGCUGCUGAAGGUCUUCAGCCUGCGGGAGGUGGCCGGCCUCGUGUGCGAGACCCUGGGCAGCCUGCCGGUCCUCACGCAGGUGGAGUGCCCCCUGGAGGCCGUGAAGCUCCAGUGCAUCGCCAAGACUGUGGAGAGCCAGCUGUACACCAACCCCGAGUCCAGGUGCGUGCUGCUGCCCGUGGUGCUGCGGCACCUCCAGGCUCACCUGCAGGAGCAGAGGGACCUGGUGAUGUGCGGACGCGUCCUCAGCGCCGUGUUCUGCCACGGCAGACAGGAGGGGACGGAGGCGUCUGCGUGCGAGGAGGUGUCGGUGAUCGUGGAGAGCCUGCUGGCCGUGCUGCUCAGGACGAUACUGGAGAUCACCAACCGGCCCCAGUCCACCGGGUCCGCCCUGCGUCUGCAGUUCCAGGACGUCACGGGGGAAUUUGUGGCCUGUCUCCUCACUCUGCUUCGACAGAUGACUGACAAACACUACCUACAGCUUCUGGAAAGGUUCUCCAGUAAAGACGACCUGAGGGACUUCCUCCUGCAGCUCUUCACCGUCUUUCGCAUUCUCAUCCGGCCGGAGAUGUUCCCCAAAGACUGGACCGUCAUGCGGCUGGUCACCAACAACGUCAUCAUCACCACGGUCCUGUACCUGUCGGACUCUCUGAGGAAGAACUUCCUGAGUGACAAGUUUGAUUAUAAGGUGUGGGACUCCUACUUCUACCUCUCCGUGAUCUUCAUAAACCAGCCCUGCCUGCAGCUGGAGAAGUUCUCCCCGUCUAAAAGGAAGAACGCUCUAGAAAAGUACGGAGAUAUGAGGGUGAUGAUGGGCUGUGAGGUCUUCAGCAUGUGGCAGAACUUGGGGGAGCACAAGCUGAACUUCAUCCCGGCCAUGAUCGGCCCUUUCCUGGAGGUGACCCUGGUCCCGCAGCCAGACCUCCGCAACGUCAUGAUCCCCAUCUUCCACGACAUGAUGGACUGGGAGCAGCGGAGGAGCGGGAACUUCAAACAGGUGGAGGCCAAGCUGAUCGAUAAGCUGGACAGCCUGAUGUCGGACGGCAGAGGGGACGAGACGUACAGGGAGCUCUUCAACAGCAUAAUUCCUCUGUUUGGCCCGUAUCCUAGCCUGCUGAAGAAGAUUGAGAGGGAGACGUGGAGAGAGAGCGGAGUCUCUCUGGUCGCUACUGUCACACGACUGAUGGAGAGACUGCUGGAUUACAGGGACUGUAUGAAGGUGGGAGAGGUGGAUGGUAAAAAGAUAGGCUGCACUGUCAGCCUCCUGAACUUCUACAAAACGGAGCUGAACAAGGAGGAGAUGUACAUCCGCUACAUUCACAAGCUGCACGACCUGCACCUGAAAGCACAGAACUACACAGAGGCCUCCUUCACGCUGCUGCUGUACGACGAGCUGCUGGAGUGGUCAGACCGGCCGCUCAGAGAGUUCCUCAGCUACCCCAUGCAGAGCGAGUGGCAGAGGAAGGAGUACCUGCACCUGUCAAUCAUCCAGAACUUCCACAGGGGCAAGUGCUGGGAGAACGGCAUCAUUCUGUGCCGGGAGCUGGCUGACCAGUAUGAGGCCUACUAUGACUACCGCAACCUCAGCAAAAUGAAGAUGAUGGAAGCUUCUUUGUACGACAAGAUCAUGGACCAGCAGCGGCUGGAGCCGGAGUUUUUCAGGGUCGGAUUCUACGGCAAGAAGUUCCCCUUCUUUCUACGAAAUAAGGAGUUUGUGUGUCGGGGGCACGACUACGAGCGUCUGGAGGCGUUCCAGCAGCGCAUGCUGAACGAGUUCCCCCACGCCAUCGCCAUGCAGCAUGCCAACCAGCCUGACGACACCAUCUUCCAGGCCGACGCCCAGUACCUGCAGAUCUACGCGGUCAGCCCCAUCCCAGAGAGCCAGGACGUCCUGCAGCGGGAGGGGGUCCCCGACAACAUCAAGAGCUUCUACAAGGUCAACCACAUCUGGAAGUUUCGCUACGACCGGCCCUUCCACAAGGGCACCAAGGACAAGGAGAACGAGUUCAAGAGCCUGUGGGUGGAACGGACCACGCUGACUCUGGUCCAGAGUCUGCCCGGCAUCUCGCGCUGGUUUGAGGUGGAGAAGCGGGACGUGGUUGAGAUCAGCCCGUUGGAGAAUGCGAUGGAGGUGAUUGAGAAUAAGAACCAGCAGCUGCGGACGCUGAUCUCUCAGUGCCAGGCCCGCCAGAUGAACAACGUCAACCCCCUGACCAUGUGCCUGAACGGCGUGAUCGACGCGGCCGUCAACGGCGGGCUCACCCGCUACCAAGAGGCCUUCUUCACAAAGGACUACGUGGCCAGCCACCCCGAGGACGGCGAGAAGAUCGCGCGGCUGCGGGAGCUCAUGUUCGAGCAGGCGCACAUCCUGGAGUACGGGCUGGCCGUGCACGACAAGUUCGUGCCCCAGGACAUGAGGCCGCUGCACAAGAAGCUGGUGGACCAGUUCCACCUGAUGAAGUCCAGCCUGGGGAUUCAGGAGUUCCCUCCGUACGUGUGCGCCAGCCCUGUGCAUUUUCCCAACGGCAGCCUGCGCUCCUGCAGGGCGUCUGUCCCCAACGUCCUGAGCCCCGACGGCCCCCGCGUGCUGUCCAGACGCAGUCCGCUCAGCUACCCUCCGGUGAACCGCUACUCUUCCUCCUCGCUCUCCUCCCAGGCCUCUAACGAAGUGAGCAACAUCACGGGCCAAUCGGAGAGCUCGGAUGAGGUCUUCAACAUGCAGCCAAGCCCGUCUACCUCAAGCCUCAGUUCCAAUCACUCCGCCUCUCCCAACGUGACCAGCUCCACUCCCUCCAGCGCCAGAGCGUCCCCACUGCUGUCUGACAAGCACAAGCAGCCCAGAGAGAACUGCUGCCUUUCACCACGGGACAGGCCCUGCAACGCCAUCUACACCAACCCGCUGGACCCCUCACAGAGGAUGACUCCGCACCCGACUGGGGAAAGCGCCGUACCCCGCGGCGACCCAAAUCUCUCUGCCCCAGACAAAGUAGUGCACCCUGCCCCAGCUAUCUGGAGUCUAGACUGUGUUAAAGAAGCUAACACACAAUUAUCAGACACUGUGGGCAAGUUGGUAUCGCCCCCUCUCCCUCCUAGGCCACCGUACCCAGGGUCACCGGGGAGGAACCUGAGCUCAAUUUCUCCUGCCGCUCCGCCCAAGUCGCCUCAAAAGAGCGCCCUCCCGGCCUGCACCCCGUCCCCCACAGAGAGCCAGCCGGCGGGGCUGGCGUCCGGCUCGCCCGCGCUGUCCGGGAGCUUCAGCAGCGGGAUCUCCUCCCUGAGCCGCUGCAGCGUUUCGGAGACGUCCGGCCCCGAGGCCCCGCCCUGCGACCACGCCCUCCCCGCCCCCGUCUCCGGGGGCAACGACGAGCUGGUCCGCCGGGAGAACAAGACCCCGCCCCCCUACAGCGUGUACGAGCGCAGCAACGCCCGGCGGCCCGUCCCGCUGCCGCACGUCCUGUCCGUCGCCCCCCUCAGCGCCGAGCCCCCCGCCCUGCCGCCCAAACCCCACCAGCUCCGCUCCGCCAAACUGGACCCCGACCUGCGCCGGGCCGAGCCCUUCCCCCGCCCAAGAGCCCUGCCCAGGAAGGUGUCCCAGCUGUAGGGCGGUACCCCAUACACCCCCCCCGAAAAACCAUCAGCCCCUAACCCUAACCCCCAACCCCUCCCCAGGAAGGUGUCCCAGCUGUAGGGCUGUACUCCCCGAUACCCCCCGAAAACCAUCAGCCGCUUGCCCCCACCCAAGACCCCUCCCCAGGAAGGUGUCGCAGUUGUAGGGCUGUACCCCACAUC